GGCUGAGGGUGUGGCGUGUUUUCGGGCCUAACCAAGUGGCCGCGCCUGCACAGGGUUAUAACCCAGUAGCGGCUCCAGCCGAUCAGCUGCUGCUGGCCAGAGGGCGCCGGCAGGGCAGCCCGCCCGGGGGACAGGGCCUCAGGGACGCCGCCCGCGCUGCCGCUCUCCCCACCAUGGCGCAGGCCAUCCUCAGGCACCCCAUCGAGACGCCGGUGCGCUACCAGGAGCAGUUCGAGGCGCGGGGCCUGCAGGACUGCAGGCUGGACCACGCUCUGUACGCGCUGCCCGGGCCCGCCACCGUGGACCUGGGCAGAGCCGGGGCGGCCCGGGCUCCGGCGGGGGACGAGGCGCCAGCCCCGGCCGGCAGGGCGCGCUUCCAGGUCCUGCUGGACGUGGUGCAGUUCCUCCCCGAGGACAUCCUCAUCCAGACCUUCGACGGCUGGCUGCUGGUGAAGGCGCAGCAUGGCGUCCGGAUGGACGAGCACGGCUUCGUCUCCAGGAGCUUCACCCGGCAGUACCGGCUGCCCGACGGCCUCGGCACCGGAGACCUGUCGGCCGUCCUCUGCCACGACGGCAUCCUGGUGGUGGAAGAGAAGGGCCCGGCGGGGAGCCAGUGACUGCUCGGUGGCGACGCUCCCCGAGCGCGCGGCGACCCCAGUUCCGCCAGCGAAGAUGCCGUGGAGUGUCCGUGGGGCCCACGCUGGAAACGGGUCUCAUGCAGGUGAAAGAUGCAGGCGUGGUCCCUGGGGUGCUGAGCUUGUCCUGGUCCCCUUCCUCCGAGAGGGUUCUUGUUCAGUAUUCCCCGGCGCUCCCAGAGAUGCUCUCUUUACACCCGAGACGCCGGCGGUUGGGGGGACUGGUUUGCUACCAGCGGGGACUCGGGGUUUUUUCCUUCGUCACUCCAGCGAGGCCGGAGAAGCUGCCUUUGGCAGGCGGGGGGCAGGGAGCCACGCUGACUUAGGAGCACUUGUCCACUUUACGGAAAGCCUUUGCGUUGCUAGAAAGAGCGGCGGCCCCUGCGGCCGAGACGCUUCCCUGUCGGUGGGUUUGCGUUGCCGCGGAGCUUUGGAAAUACAGACUGAAGGUCAAAACACAGGGCUUGGACACUGGGUCUGAAAUGUGCUUUGCUUCACGACAGCUGUUACUGCCUUAAACUCACAUGACACAUCAGAUAUAAACGUUAUGUUUAAAAGUACUGUAUGUGCAUCUUAUUCUUUUUUUAAACGGACUUAUCUGCAGUUUUUUAAAAAACAGCACAUGUUCUGUGGAUGUGUAUGAAAUAUUGGUAUGUGCUAACUCAUAC